AUGUUCAUCGCUCGGAGCGAGUAUGAUCGAGGGAUCAACACUUUCUCGCCCGAAGGCCGUCUCUUCCAGGUUGAGUACUCGCUAGAAGCCAUCAAACUUGGUUCCACAGCAAUCGGGGUCGCUACGUCUCAUGGCGUUCUGCUCGGAGUCGAGAAGCGUGUCACCUCGCCGCUACUGGUCUCAUCCAGCAUCGAGAAGAUAGUCGAGAUUGACAGACAUAUUGGCUGCGCCAUGUCCGGUCUUCAAGCAGAUGCACGGAGUAUGAUUGAGCACGCUCGAGUGGAAUCACAAAAUCAUGCCUUCAACUUCAACGAGAGACUGAAAGUCGAGAGCUGCACGCAAGCCAUUUGCGAUCUGGCGCUGAGAUUCGGCGAGGGAGCUCAAGGAGAGGAGUCAAUAAUGAGUCGACCUUUUGGUGUUGCCUUACUGAUAGCUGGCUGGGAUGAGGACAAUGGUCCACAACUGUAUCAUGCUGAACCCUCCGGCACUUUCUACCGCUACGAUGCAAAAGCGAUCGGGUCCGGCAGCGAAGGCGCACAAGCCGAACUACAGUCAGAAUACCACAGAUCUCUGACACUCGAAGAAGCCGAGACUUUGGUUUUGAAGACGCUGAAGCAGGUCAUGGAAGAGAAACUGGACUCGAAGAAUGUCCAGUUAGCAAGCGUCACUAAAGAAAAGGGUUUUCAAAUCUACAGCGAUGAGCAGAUGAGCACUGUGGUUGCGAGACUCGAAGGCGAUUAA